AUGGACAGAGCAGAACCCAUUAAAGCUCUUGGCUCUCUCUUUAAAUUCACUGAAGUUUACUUGCGGGACAAUGGGUCAACAGAAGUACGAGAAGUUCCAUAUUUUCAAGAACCAACGAAGCGAAAUGGUGAUGAUGAUUUUGAAAAGAACGAGAACGAUGCCUCCACAGAGAUUCAUUCAUUACUGGAAGAUGUGGAACUAGCCAAACAACUUAAUGACUGGGGGCUUCCACUCUCUUUCCAAACUAAGAAGGAGAGAAAUGGAAAGGUCAGUGGAAAAAGGAAAGAUACAAGUAAGAAGAAUCACCGUAGUGUGAAUGAUAUUGAUGUCAGAGUGGUGGAUUCGAUCAAAGUGAGUGAGGUGGAAAGUGAAGGAAAGGAUUUGGGCUGUUCAAUUGCAUGCUGUACUUGUGCUCUUCUCAAUGAAUGUGAUUGUAAUGAUGAAGUAUCUGAUUCUAAAUUUGAUCACGAUCUGGAUUGCAUCUCUGAAUUUAGUAAAGUUUUAUUGAAUGAAAUCUCUGAGACUAGCUCCAGUCCAUGCACAAAUGAUAUGGUGGUAAUGGAUACUGCUGUUUGUGAUGGAAAGGAAUUAAAGGAACCAGCAUUGGAGUCUGUGGACAGAGAAACUGAAGUUAUAAAACACACCGAUGACAUUGGCAGUGACAUGAUACAGGACUGUGAUUCUGCUGUAUAUUCGCAGUUUUCUGAAGUUUUCAAUUCUGAAAAGGCUGACAGCAGUUGCAAAGGUGAUUCUGAAGAAUGGAUAACAUGUUGGGAUGACUUUUACGUGAGGAGCUACUUUUAUAAUGUGAAAACACAGGAGUCUACAUGGGACCUGCCUUUAGGAAUGGAAGACCAUGCAUUUAGUCCCGUUGCUAAUGAGCUUAAAUUGACAGCAGUUGAGAUGGCUGAAUUGCAUGUUGACUUCCAAGAUUUCACAAAAUCUGAUGAGGUGCAAAUUUCUUGUGGUUUGCAACCUAAUCCUAUUUUUGCUGAAGAAUACAAAGAUGACAAUGGCUUUGAUCAACUCUGCGAUCAUAAUGUCAAGAGCUGUCUUUUUGCUGACAAUUUCUCUAGUACCAACACUGCAAAAAGGAAAAAGAAAGCCCGAAGAACAAAAUCUAAUAGGAACUUGUCUGUUUCAAGCGAAGAGCUUGAAGGAGUUUGGGAAGAAUUUUCUCCCAGUAUAGAGCCAAUAGCCAAGCAUCAUGCAUCCCGUUGUGGUAAUGGUUCCAUAGUUGAUUUUUUCACUGGAGUUGGUGGAAAUGCAAUCCAAUUUGCACAACGGAGUAAACAUGUGAUUGCAAUUGAUAUCGAUCCAAAUAAAAUUGGAUAUGCACAACAUAAUGCAGCUCUCUAUGAAGUUGAUGACCGUAUAGAUUUCAUUAGGGGUGACUCAUUUUAUUUGGCACCAAGACUGAAGGCGGACACUGUCUUUAUGUCGCCACCUUGGGGUGGUCCUGAUUAUUCAAAAGUGAAGAAAUUUGACAUUAGCACUAUGCUUAAGCCCCGUGACGGACUGUUUCUCUUCAAUGCUGGGAAGGAAAUUGCUUCCAGAAUCAUCAUGUUUCUCCCACGGAAUACUGAUAUCAGCCAAUUGGCAGAGUUGUCUUUAUCAGCUUCUCCUCCAUGGUCUUUAGAGGUGGAGAAGAACUUCUUGAAUGGCAGAUUCAAAGCGAUUACUGCAUAUUUUAGUGCACCAGCCUUGUCUUAG